GCUCCGGUGGAAACCAUCUCCCCCGUCAACGAUCAGAACCAUCUCCUCCUUCCUUGUGCUUCUUCUUCUUCUUCCUUCCCCCUCUCUUUCUCUCCCCUUUCCUCGAUUUCUAUCUGGUCUAAAGAUCCAAGCCAAAUCAGUAGUAAGAAAUCGUACUCCACUUUUGCCGGCGUGGUUGCGGACGGGUGUUGAAUGGUUCUCCGACAUCAUUGUUCUCAUCGAUUGUUGAUUCUCUUGCAAAUCUGAGGGUAGCAAAUCAGGUUCCUCUGAAGCAAAUUGAGAUUUGAUUUUUCUAGAUUUGAUUGAGAUGUGAUUUUUGUAGUGAAAUUUGUAAGCUAAUAGAAAAUUCGUUAAUUGAUCUCAUCAGCGGAUUUUGAAAUAAAGCUAUAAUCUUUACCAUGUUCAUGUACUUGGAAAAGGGAUGUUCUUCGAUGUUAAAAGUCCACAAAUCUUCAAUCCCAUUUGCGUUUAACACAAACUCACUUCUGAACCCCAAUACUGAAUCCCAAAUGGAGAAAAACCAGACCCUUCUUGAAGAAUCCCAAGUGAUACAUAGAUUGAAAGAUGAACCCCACAUUGCAUCAGCCCUGCAUUAUUUCAAACACAUAGCCAAUUCAAAUGCCUGUAAACACACUCCAGAGACAUAUCAAUUCAUGAUCAAGAAGCUUGCCAAGGAGUCUGAAUUGGAUGGUGUUCGGUAUCAUUUGCAUCAAAUGAAGUUAGAAGGACUUAGCUGUAGUGAAGGUUUGUUUUUGAGUGUGAUUGAAUCUUAUAGGACAAAGGAGCUUAGCCAAGAAGCUUUGAGAAUUUUUUGUGGGAUUGGGGAAUUUUGGUGCAAACCGACUGUGAGAAUUUAUAAUCAUGUGUUGGAUGCAUUGCUUAGUGAGAAUAGGUUUAAGAUGAUUAAUCCAAUGUAUCAAAAUAUGAAGAGAGAUGGUUUGGAGCCUAAUGUGUUCACAUAUAAUAUUCUCUUGAAAGCACUAUGUAAGAACAAUGAGGUAGAUGCUGCCUAUGAAAUGCCUGUGGAAAUGUCAAAAAAGGGUGUUCUCCUGAUAUGCAAGGAGGCUCACGCUCAGACAUCAACCAGUUGGAAGCUUGAGAUGUCCCUGGCAAUGUUGGCCAAGAUGUUUGUGAGAGGAUGCGGCCCCAACAUCCACACCUUUGCUUCAUUGAUAAAGGGCUAUUUCCUGGCAGGAAGGGUAUAUGAAGCUCUUGACUUGUGGAACCUUAUCACUGGAGAGGGAUUUGUGCCCAACAUUGUUAUGUGUAACACUCUAAUUCAUGGCUUUUGCUACAAUGGGAAAAUCAGUGAGGCUUUAACUGUCUCCUACCAGAUGGAGGGAAGUGGCUGCCACCCAAAUGCAACUACAUAUAGUUCUCUUAUUAAUGGCUUUUCAAAGUCUGCAAUUGGAUGGUCUUUUCAAAGAAAAUAUAGAUUGGAAGAAGCUCUUGGGCUUGUCAACGAAAUGGAAGCAAUGGGGAUGGAAUGGAAUUUGGUAACUUAUAAUACCACUUUGUCUGGAUUUUCUCAUGCUGGUAUGCUAGCAGAGGCACUGCAGCUUCUUGGGAAAAUGCUUGUGUGGGGGAUAAAGCCUGAUGCUAUCACACAUAAUACAAUAAUUUUACCUACUGUAAUCAGGGUCAAUUUGAGACUGCCAUCCAACUUUUUGAUAGAAUGUCAGCAGUAGGUGAUUGGCACCCAGAGGUAGUAUCAUAUACUAGUCUUUUAUGGGGGAUAUGUGAUUGGAUUGCUGUAGAAGAAGCACUCGGUUACUUUAAUAAGAUGAUAUCUGAGGGAAUAUGGCCCAACAUAGCUACAUGGAAUGUUUUAGUUCGGUGCUUGUUCAGCAGUUUAGGUGAUUCAGGGCCACUUCAUAUUCUGGAUGAUAUCCUGGCCAAUGGAUGAACAUGAUUUUAAUUGUUAAAGAAUCUCUGUGCUCUAAAUGGAUAUUACCCAGCCAUUGAUGAAAAUCCAACCGAUACUAUUGUUGACAAUGCAGAUUUUUGAGAUUUUGAUGGUUAUAUGGUUAAUCAAACUGCCGUGCAUGGGCUUGCAAAUCCCUUAGAGGGCUGAUAGGACAACCAUGCGCAUUAUGAUCACUGGGAUCCAUCGUGUUUGAAUUCAAGCGGCAACCUGCGUUCUCAAAAGUCAUUUUAAAGGUUCUCUCACAUAGGAACGUUCCUAGCCGAGACUAUCUUAUGUUGAAUGGCAAGCUUGCCUACAUAAAUACUUGCUACACUUGGCUAAAGAGAUGUUUGAUAUAUGGGCAUCUCGCAGGAGUAACUUCUGCCAUUUUCUGACUUGCAGGUUUCGUAAUUAGUUUCUGGGCUGGGCAACAUCAUUGGCAUUUCUGCCUGGUAUGGCUGAAGCAGUUGCAGUUCCAAUUGUUCAUAGCAUUUCAAGUCAUCUCUUUGCUAAACUACGGAUGAUUCUUGUAAGGCAAAUAUUAUCAGUACAAGGGUUUUUUUCUUCUUUUUUUUUUUCUUCAGUUAGAUAAGAAUUUGAUGAGGCCUCUGCUUAAAAGUUGAUUAAUGCAGUUGUGGAUGUUGGACUUGAAUUUGAUAAGUACUCGUCUCCAGCUAGGACAUUGCCCCUGAUUUUGCCCAGACA